GUUUUGUGAUUUGAUUGAGAAGAAUUUUGAGUUUUUGUUUUUGUUUUUGUGAAAUUGUUGACCAAUAUGUCGCACAGCCCGUUGGAUAAAAUUCAGGCGUUGGAUGCCAUUGAAAAGGAAAUUAUCACUUGUUUACAGAGUGCAGGUCAAUCAUUGCAAGAAUUGGGCAAGGAGAAAACCAGCCAAAAAGCCGUGGAAAAUAACACUCAGCAAUUUCUCAAAUCACUGAACAUCAUCGAAACAAAACUGUCCGAGCAAAUCAAUUACCUAACACAAGUGUCAACUGGGCAGCCUCACGAAGGCUCUGGCUAUGCAUCAGCAAAAGUUCUGCAAAUGGCAUGGCAUCGAAUCCAGCACGCCAGAUCUCGUGUUCGCGAAUUGGACGAUUCAAAAAGUAAAUACAUGCAAGCAGCUGCACGUCAACAAAGGCAGCAACAAGGUGCUGGUCCGAAUACACCAACAGCAGCAGCACCGUCACCCGGUCAACCAACACCAUCGAGUCUACCGGCGGUUCCAGCAAGCAGCACACCUGAGACCACAUCGACUACUACUCCAACACCAAACUCGGCUCCCGUCACAUCGGUCACUACAACUACCCCAACUAGCUCAUAACUUACUUUACUCCAUCAAAAUCGUUUAUUGUUAAAAGAAAAGCAACACUUUGAAACGCAAAUUUUUUCCUCAAAACAAAAUUUACUUUUAAUGUAGGGAGAAAUGUAUUUUUAGAUUUUAAGAAAGAAAUCAUCAAUGCAACCACUUAAGCACAAUAAAAAAAGUCAAAAUAAUCAACAAAAAAUGCCGGCAUUCUCACUUUGUAAUACAUUUUAUUGGCAUGCAUCGUCCGAAAUAGGAUUCACUUAAAUACAAUUCAUUUUUUUUUAUCAGAAAAAUUUACAUCAUUUCACGUUAAUUCAUAAUUUUUGUUUUGUAUAACAUGACGCGCUAAAAAGAGAUAAUAUUCAAAAAUGUCAGAAAGGAAAACAGAAAAAUGAGAAAAAAAUGAAAUGCAUGGACAAUUUUAUAAAUAAAAAUGAAAUAAGUUCUUAA